AUGGCGGCAGCAUUAGGCCGCAGGAUGCUUUCGAGUCCUCGGAUCCAGCCGUCCUGGAUUUGCAGCAGCUGCCAUUAUAUCUCGAGCAGCCAGGUACUGCGGUCAGGACACAAUCGCUGGUCAACAAUCAGACAUGACAAAGGCAAAAACGAUGCUGCAAAAAGCAAAGAGCGCCAGAUAUUCAGUAAAGACCUCAUUCAGGCAUCCAAGUUAUAUGGCCCUGAUCCAAAGACCAACCCUCGCCUUGCCCUUGUUAUAGCGAACGCCAAACGGAGCGGAAUGCCCAAGCCGACCAUAGAAGCCGCCAUUGCAAGAGGACAGGGCAUUACAGCUGCUGGAACAGCAUUGGAAUCACUCACCAUCGAGGGAAUGCUGCCACAUUCUGUCGCCGUCGUGGUAGAGUGCUUGACAGACCAAAAAGCUCGGGCUCUGCAAGAUAUUAGAGCUAUUAUCCGACAUUCCGGAGGAUCAAACACGCCUACAAGUUAUUUAUUCGAGAAAAAGGGGAAAAUAGUAUUUGAACAAAAACCGGAGUUGGAUGUCGACAGUUAUCUCGAACUAGCAAUCGACGCUGGUGCAACCGAUGUCGAGGGAGACGAAAACAGCCGCCUUGUCGUUUAUACGGAGCAUACGGCCACAAAGUCAGUAGCGGAUAAGAUGUCUGCUGCCACCGAUUUGGUUACGGAAAGCAUUGACAUCAUAUGGGAUCCGAACCAAGAUACUCUGGUCAAGCUUGAGUCCGAAGAAGCCCGUGCUACUGUGGAAAAUAUAGUAAACGAGCUCAGGGAUGACCCCAGCGUCCAGGAUAUCUACAUCAACUGUCCAGAAAUAUCGUCUCAAUGA